AAAAAAAGAUGCUUCAAUCUCUUAUCUGCGAAGAGGCUCCUAAACCUCAACAUGACACUACUUUAUGGACACAAUUUAUCAGCUCAGUACAAGAAACAUGCAAACAUCAAUUAGAGCAAUACCAGGUCACCGAUCAGCUAGCCAAACUAUCCAAACCGCCUGUUGCUAUCGGUACAUUUCUCGCCUUGAUGGUAUUUCUUCAAUUCGGUGGGCAUAUCCUGACCAAUGUUAUUUCGUGGGCUUAUCCCGCCUAUGCAUCGUUUUUAGCGAUUGAAUCUCCUUCAACUGACGAUGAUACGCAAUGGCUCAUUUAUUGGACGGUCAUUGGGUUUGUGCGUCUUGGUAUUUAUUUUCUGGACAUAUUUCUCUCUUGGUCCUCUGUAUAUUACACAUGCAAGACGCUUGUAAUUCUUUGGCUUGUUUUACCUCAAUUUAAAGGUGCAGAAACCGUUUAUGCGUAUGUGUUGCGCCCAUAUCUAUUAAAGGCUGAGCCUGAGAUUGAAAGCUCUAUAAAGAAUAUAUCCGACAAGUUUUCGUUCAGUUUGUUUUCUCGGGGAAAAAUCAUCAUGGGCAAGUGAUGAUGAUACCCCACCCCUCUCAUAUAAUAUAUAUACACGCACAUUUGUAAAUAGAUAAAUAAAUAAAAAAAGGACAUGAAUAAUCAUAUUGGAAUAGCAUUGUUGUUGUUGAUUUUUGUUGGUGUGUGUGUGUGGGUGUGCUUUGUGAGUGGGUUUAUUUGAAGAUAAAAUAAUUUAUGAUCUGGGCUUCUCCUUCUUUUCCUUGUACAAGGCAAGAAGAGAGACACCAGCGACCUUGACGACCUUGAAACGGACACCAGGAAUAUCACCAAUAGCGCGACCCUUACGACCGAAACCGGCAAUCAAGACCUC